CUGAAUAGUGCCAUCUUUAGAACAUGUUGGCAAAACAAAAAACAUGAAAUCCGAGUUAUUAGCAGCUGCCUUUUUGGGUCUGGCGGUUAGGUCAAUAAUAUCACUAUAUUCGUACUCGGGUUUUAACACCCCGCCCAUGUAUGGCGACUACGAGGCGCAGCGCCACUGGCAGGAGGUAACGGUGAAUUUGGAUACCGGCGAAUGGUACACAAACAGCUCCAACAAUGACUUGAUGUACUGGGGCCUGGACUAUCCACCGCUUACCGCUUAUCACAGCUAUAUAGUGGGGAAACUGGGCAAAGCCAUAAAUCCACGCUUUGUCGAGCUGCACAAAAGCAGAGGCUACCAGUCCCCGGAGCACAAGCGCUUCAUGCGAUCAACAGUUGUCGCUGCCGAUAUCCUCGUCUAUUUGCCGGCCUUGUUGGCCGUGUGCCUAUGCCUAGAUAAAUCCUUCCAGGGCGAUGACAAGCUAUUCCUGUUUAUGCUCACAGUGGUAUAUCCGGGUCAAAUCCUUAUAGACAACGGACACUUUCAGUACAAUAAUAUAUCGCUUGGUCUGGCGGCCGCAGCAGUUGCGGCUAUCCUGCGGGGUAGACUCUACAUUGCUUCGUUUUUCUUUACAUUGGCUUUGAACUACAAGCAAAUGGAGCUGUACCACAGCCUGCCGUUCUUUGCUUUCCUUUUGGGCGAAUGUGUGAACCAGGAAAGGUUUGGUGCCUUCGUUGCUCGACUAUCACGGAUUGGAGCCAUUGUGCUUGCCACAUUUGCUAUUUUAUGGUCUCCCUGGCUGGGUUCGCUGCCAAGGGCUCUUGGAGUCUUGCAACGCCUGUUUCCUGUGGCACGAGGUGUUUUCGAAGACAAGGUGGCCAAUGUCUGGUGUGCCAUAAACGUGGUUUGGAAACUCAAGAAACAUUUGCUUAACGACCAGAUGGCCCUUGUCUGCAUUGGAUGUACUUUAAUCGCAGCCUUGCCCACAAAUAUAGCUCUCUUCCGCAGACGUACCCAGCUCGGGUUUUUACUGGCUCUCUUCAACACAUCACUGGCCUUCUUUUUAUUCUCAUUUCAAGUCCACGAAAAGACGAUACUUCUUGCGGCCUUACCUGCUUUAUUCCUACUAAAGUGGUGGCCCAACGAAAUGCUCCUCUUCCUCGAAGUCUCUGUGUUCAGCAUGCUGCCCCUCUUGGCCAGAGAUAAACUGUUGCUGCCAGCGUUAGUAUCAACAGUGACAUUUCAUUUAUUAUUCAAAUGUCUUAGACCUGAGCACAGCCAUAUGCGAAAUAUAUCAAACAUCGUUAUGAUAAUCAUUGUGGCUGCUUCUUUGCUGAUCCCAGCUCCAGCGCGGUUUCCCGACCUUUGGCCCUUAAUUAUAUCUGUUAUUAGUUGUGGCCACUUUGUUUUAUUUUUUGUUUGGGGAAAUUGUCAACAUUUUGUGUUUAAAAGCUAAGACACCAAAGAAAUACAUUUGUAAAUAAAAUAUAUGACAUUAUUAAGCAUUCCAUUAAACAGACAGAGAGACCUUCACUUAGUCACAUCGUAUAUAUAUAUAAGCUUAUUCCCUCUAUCUUAUCUGUGUAUUCAAUCGAUAAAGGAGUUACACUAUGC